AUGGCGAGUCUUUUGUUUUUGGUGUGUUUUUGAGACAUGGGACCCGAAAUCCUAAAUUCCUCAAAUGAAGCUGUUCGCGUUGGUGGAAAGAGUGCCUUUUCACAAAUGGAACACAACAUUGUCGCUGGAUAUCUCAUUGCUGCAUGUGUGAUCAGUUUGUCCAGUAACCUUGUGGUGCUGAUUAUGUUUGUAAAGUUUAAAGAACUACGUAAUUCCACUAAUGCCAUCAUCAUUAAUCUGGCUUUCACUGAUGUUGGAGUAGCAAGCAUUGGUUAUCCCAUGUCUGCUGCUUCUGACCUGCAUGGCAGCUGGAGAUUUGGGUACACUGGUUGCCAGAUCUAUGCUGCCCUGAAUAUAUUCUUUGGGAUGGCCAGCAUUGGGCUGCUUACUGUGAUAGCCAUUGACAGAUAUGUUAGCAUCUGCAGACCUGAUAUAGGCCAGAAGAUGACGGCAUACUCAUAUACACUGUUGAUUAUGGCUGCAUGGCUCAAUGCAGUGUUCUGGUCUGCCAUGCCAAUCGUGGGUUGGGCUGGAUAUGCUCCUGAUCCAACUGGAGCCACAUGUACCAUCAACUGGAGGAACAAUGAUGCGUCCUUUAUCUCCUACACACUGGCUGUGAUUUCCGUUAACUUCAUCAUACCACUGUCUGUCAUGUUUUAUUGCUAUUACAAUGUUUCGGUCACCAUGAAGAGGUACAAUGCAAGCAACUGCCUGGAUAGCAUUAACAUUGAUUGGUCAGACCAGAUAGAUGUAACUAAGAUGUCUAUUGUGAUGAUUGUGAUGUUCUUGGUGGCCUGGUCUCCAUACUCUAUUGUGUGUCUUUGGGCAUCAUUUGGUGAUCCUAGAGAGAUUCCUGCACCCAUGGCCAUCAUUGCCCCACUCUUUGCAAAGUCUUCCACUUUCUACAACCCAUGUAUCUACGUUAUCGCCAACAGGAAGUUCAGAAGAGCCAUUGUGGGGAUGCUGCGAUGCCAGACCCGACGACACGUCACUAUCAACAACCAAGUUCCUAUGACAAUCUCCCAACUGCCUCUUAACCAGUGA